AUGAGUGACUGGAAAGCUGAGACUCUCGUGGCUUCAUUGAGCCCUGUUGUGACACCAUGCUCCUGGGCCCCGAAGCAGCUGAAGAUCGACGUGUUUGACCGAGAAGCCGCCGUCGCUGCCGCCAUCAUUGGAACGACGAUGAGCGAGCCGUGUAUCUACGACAAACUGUCCGAGAGCAUCGACAUCCUCCGCCAGUCGGGCUACCGCUACGGCAUGUCGGAGAGGGAGAUCGAGAGGUUCAUCAAGCAGGUCCUGGAGACAAACGAGCCCAGGAGAGAGCCUCCCCAGUUCCCCAUCCUGAGAGCCACCAUAAAGUUUGUGGUGGCAGUGGGCUUCCUGCUGGUGGUGGUGCUGGCCUUCACAUACCCUCAGAGCGCCCCCCAGCUGGGCCUGGUCAACCUGGGCUGUUACAACUGGUCAUCCCCACUCAGCCACGUCCGCCUGCUGUCCCUGCCCAUCGCCAAGAAGUACAAUCUGCAAGGUUUCCAUGAAUGGUGGAGUGCCGGCUCUCUCAGGCAGAAUCUGGUCAACUGUUCGGGCUGUGCAGAGAUCUCCUCGGUGCUGGAAGUCCCAGAGAGCCUCAGAGGGACGGUGAAUCUGCGACGGGGGCCACAGCUCGUCCUGCUAAAGGGUGGGGAGUCCCUCAGUGUCCAGCGGCAGCAGCUGGAGGAGCUCUACCUGGCCCACUCAGGCUCCAUGUCCAUCCUGCUGGAGGAGGACGACGGUCUGCACGACCACCACCUCGGCCUCCCCCAGGGACCCGCCAACUUCACUCUGCUCUGGAGGUUCAGCUCUGGGACCAGGGAGAAGGUGUUGAGGUGGCUCUUCCCGAAGGCUGAGCUCUGCCCCCUGCUGGACAGCGCUGGGACCAUCGUGCAGCGCUGCCUGGUCACCCACAGCACAAACUCCCAGAGUAAGGGUGUCGGGGUGUUUGGCUGGCUGGUGGUGGGCGAGGGGCUGCCAACAGUUCGAGUUCUGCCUGUUCAGCGCUGUCAGAAACACUGCAGCUCCUUCAACCUGUGGCUGACACCUGGAGACAUGGUGUACGCUGACCCCCGGUACUGGCAGAUGGAGCUGUUCCCUGGCCGAGGCCAGAACAUCAUCUGUGACGGAUCUGCCCUUUAAGUGAAGGAGGACAGGAACGUGCAAAUGACGGCUGUGAAUGUCGAAUUUUCAGAGCUCCCCGGCCUUUCUAUGGCCCCGCCCACUGAUGCCUUAAACCCUCCAGGCUUUUUUUUUUUUUUUCCUCCUGAUGCCCCUAUCCGUCCGAAAAUCCCCCCCAGCGUCCUUACAGAGCUGGAAACCACUGCACACAUGACUUCAGUUUGGAAAAAGGGAUCCUCCUGCAGGUUCCAAGGGUUCGAGGUCAGAGGAUCGAGCAAUGACUUUGUCCUUGUGUCUUUAAACUCUCCGCAGGUCUCCGAUGUUCUGGAUGUGCUGUGCUCGUGCCAUAGCUUCAAGCAGAUCUCUAGCAAUUAAAAGAAAUCCCUGAAAUCAUUGGGUGUGUCUCUGUCAGAAGGUAGUGAAUCACUGUUGGGUGCAUCGGCGUUAACACCGGUUCCAGACCUCUGAAUCACGACCCACAUCUCUGGAGCUCGUUUCCUCGGCUGUUCACUCGGUUAAAAACUAGCCAAGCUGAGCUUUGUAGAUGGUGUCGCAUGCCCGAUGUGAGUCGAGUGCAGAUGUGAGUCGCGCACGCGUCACUUUGCAACAAGUCGCCUACAAGAUGCUAACGAUUUGG